GCGCCGCCUGGGAGGAAGAGCCGCCGCACGCGUGAUGUGUGGGACAUAAUGGUGGAUAGGUAGGGAACACACUAAAGCUCGAUAAGAGUUGCAUAUCAACUGUUGACCAGUUUCUAUUUGUUUUCUUGGAACCUUCUAUUCCUCUGACUCGACAGCUGCUCGCUGCCUGCUCGGACUGAACGACGCCCUCGUCCGCAACAAAAUGCCGAAUAUCAAAAUAUUCAGCGGUAGCUCACAUCCGGACCUGUCUCAAAAAAUAGCAGACCGCCUGGGUCUCGAGCUGGGGAAGGUUGUUACGAAGAAAUUUAGCAACCAAGAAACAUGCGUGGAGAUAGGAGAGAGCGUGCGUGGGGAAGAUGUCUACAUUGUGCAGAGUGGCUGUGGGGAGAUUAAUGACAAUUUGAUGGAGCUGCUGAUCAUGAUCAACGCCUGCAAGAUUGCCUCUGCCUCCAGGGUCACGGCUGUCAUCCCAUGCUUUCCAUAUGCCCGGCAAGACAAGAAGGACAAGGUGGGGAGCCGUGCUCCUAUCUCUGCCAAGUUGGUGGCCAACAUGUUGUCAGUGUCAGGUGCUGACCAUAUCAUCACUAUGGACUUGCACGCCUCACAGAUACAGGGAUUCUUUGAUAUCCCUGUUGAUAACUUGUAUGCAGAGCCAGCGGUGCUGAAGUGGAUCAAAGAGAACAUCCCUGAAUGGAAAAACUGCACCAUCGUCUCACCCGAUGCAGGAGGAGCCAAGAGAGUCACCUCAAUAGCCGACAGGUUGAAUGUGGACUUUGCACUUAUUCACAAGGAGAGGAAAAAAGCAAACGAGGUGGACCGCAUGGUUCUUGUCGGAGAUGUGACAGAUCGGGUCGCAAUUCUAGUGGACGACAUGGCCGACACAUGUGGCACAGUCUGUCAUGCUGCUGACAAACUAAUUUCUGCUGGUGCCACCAAGGUGUAUGCCAUUCUAACCCAUGGCAUCUUCUCUGGCCCAGCUAUCUCGCGCAUCAACAAUGCCUGCUUUGAAGCUGUGGUGGUCACCAAUACAAUCCCGCAGGAGGAGAAGAUGAAGCAUUGUCCCAAAAUACAGGUUAUUGACAUCUCCAUGAUCCUUGCAGAGGCCAUCCGUAGAACUCACAACGGCGAGUCUGUGUCAUACCUGUUCAGCCAUGUCCCCUUGUAACAAAUGGUGUCCCCCAUCUACUGUGUGCUGUUACACCAAAUGAGAGAAGAGGGGAGUUUCCCCCAACCCAAACGCAACCAUUAGCAAAGAUUUGCUAUCUAACCGUGGAAAA